AUGAUGUCGGACAUCUUUCAGAGUAAAGAUGCUUAUGCCAUCCUGAAGAACAAGUUUGUCGUUAUGAUUGGGUCCUCAGUUCAAAGGUCAAUCUACAAGGAUUUAGUGUUGUUACUACAGAAAAACAGCUACCUUAAUGAUCGUCAACUUCGUGCAAAGGGUGAAAUGAAUUUUGCUGCAGACCAGUUACUACUGGGGGGUAAGAAAGGCGGGAUGAACAAUGGCAUUCACUAUCGUGAAGUACGCCAAUAUAAAACUGACUACCACUUAGUACGAUUUUACUUUGUCACUCGCUGUUUUAACAACUAUGUCAAUUCUAUAUUUACUGAACUGAAGGAAGAGCCACGGCCUGAUGUGGUGAUCGUCAACUCGUGCCUAUGGGACAUUUCCAGGUAUGGUGAUAACUACGUGAGUGCCUACAAGGCAAAUCUUGAGAAACUAUGCAUCUGCAUGAAGGACUGUUUGACAGAGAAAUGUUUGUGUCUGUGGAACACCACUUUGCCUGUGUCAAGAAAUGCCAAGGGUGGCUUUAUUGUUCCUGAGGUAGAACAUAUGAUGAACUCUCUACAACUGGAGAUAUUGGAAGCCAACUUUGUCGCGCGUCAGAUUGUAGCCUCUCAUGGUCUUGAUGUGAUUGAUUUACACCACUUUCUGCGAUACCACUUACACCGUCGGGCAGAGGAUGGGAUUCAUUGGGAUAUGACAGCCCAUCGUAGAAUCACCAAUUUGCUUCUGUCCCAUAUUACAGAGGCUUUGGGUGAAAAGUUUCCCAAUCAAACAGAAAACAAUAAGGUUACUCAUUCUCAUACAGUCUGUCGGAAGCAAUAUUACAGAAACUGCAGUAAUCAAAACCUGAUUGGAGAUGGGAGUCCUCUCAAUUUCGGAAUACAGUUACAUAACACAAAAGUUGUACCUGACCUUCUGAGGGGUCAUCCUCAAGAUAUGCAUAUGUCUGUUGCUCCUUCAGCGCAAGGUAUUGCAGAACAGAUUAACUUCAGACAAUUUCAAUAUGAAAGCAUGAAAAGUAUUGAAGAGCGGUAUGGUGGACCCAUUAGGAAAACUGACUAUGGUUGUAUCCAACAUAGCGAUUAUAUUAUGAACUAUGAGCAAAAACUCUCUGACAGCAAUUUUCCACUGAGAAUUUCUGAGAUGAACAAACUCAACUUUGCAGAAGACGAGCAAGAGAAUUGCUUCAACUUCCAGGAUAAUCAUCUUUCUGAUCAAGAACAAAUGGCCAGUGGUGUUCAUUUCAAAACUAACAGUUUAAAUUUGUGUGAAAAUAUUGAAUCAUAUGAUUGGCAGCCUUAUGUUGGACAAAACUAUCGUCCACCCAGACAUCAGAUGAUUCUUCAGAGGCACAUGUAUCGCAGCGCCCCCUAUCACCAGAGAAAAAGAUGUCAUCCGCAGGCAAUGGCAGGAUUAAGAGGAGGUUGGGUUCCAAAUAUUCGCUUUUUCCGUUAGUUGUUGGAAGAAUUCAUA